AUGUCAACCAACGAGGGAAUCUUCACAUUCGAGGACGUGCCAUCAAACACUCGGACCACCAGCACUCGAUCUUCGCCUUGGGCUACACCUCAGGCUCAAAGCCACCGCCGUGACUCCCUCGAUGAAGAAGAUUUUCCACCUCUUAGUUCCGACUCGGACUCGGGAAAACCGAGCACGACGAACCAGAUCGACUCAGCCAAAGAAGACGCGAGGAUUGCUGCCCUGAUUCGGAACAAGCCAACAAGCAAGUACGAGGUAGAAAGACCUCAAGAAUUCAUGAUGAGUGGCGGCUUGAGCGAGGACGAUGAGCGGUGCGAGCUAGGCAACGAGUGUGCUCUACGGCAGAAGACAGAGGAGCAGAACAUGGAGCAGCCCGCAAGUACUGGCGAGGGUGAGCAGAAGGGCUGGGGGAGCGUGAGCGAUGGUGAUGAUGAUUAUAGCGACGAUUCCUCGAACGGUGGAUAUGGAAGCGAUGAGUAUGAUGACGGCGUCCAGUAUGGCGCGGGCACGCAGUGGGGAUGGCUCUGA